CUUCAACCCUCGCGUUUUUAUAUACCGGAAAUUUUCUCGUCCUUUUAUUAUUUUUUGAUCUCCGGUGCUGAUUCCAAUGGCCUCCGACACCGAUCCUCCGAAACCCCAAACCCAAAGGCACAAAUGCCCUGCAUGCUAUAGACAAUUUAAUAGAAAGUUGCAUCUUAUAGAGCACAUGAAAAUCUCCUACCAUUCGGUUCAUCAACCUAGAUGUUGGGUUUGUCUAAAGCACUGCAAAUCUUUUGAAUCGGUGCGAGAACAUAUCAAUAAUCCACUAGCGAAAACAAAAUGUUCAAAGAUUUUUGCAGAACGGGGUUGCACUCAUUGUUUAAGAGUUUUGGAUAGCCUCUCUGCCCUUGAUGAACAUAAGCAAAUGUGCCGUAUAACAGCUCCUGUUCCCCUUGGAACAAAGAUCACACCUUGUAUAGAAUCUAAUGCCGGUUCAAUCAUGAAUGAAAUUCAAAAUGGUAAAGUUCAAAGAGCCGUUGCUAUGGAUUGUGAAAUGGUAGGUGGUGGAAGUGAUGGAUCAAUUGACCUUUGUGCUAGGGUGUGUCUUGUUGAUGAAGAUGAGAAUAUAAUUUUGCAUACAUACGUUCAACCCCAAAUUCCUGUCACUAAUUACAGAGAUGAAGUAACUGGGCUAACAGAAGACCAUCUGAGAGAUGCCAUGCCACUUAAUGAAGUGCAAGAUAAAAUCACGAAAAUACUAUACAAUGGAGAGUCUGUUGGAAGGAUACCUCCGGAUGGAGGGGUGGCUAGGCUUCUCGUGGGUCAUGGCAUACAGCAUGAUUUGGACUGCUUGAGGAUGAAGUAUCCUGGCCAUCUGCAGAGGGACACUGCAAAAUUCCGUCCAUUGAUGAAAACGAAUCUUGUUAGCCACUCACUGAAGCACCUUACCAAAACAUACCUAGGGUAUGAUAUCCAGUCAGGAAUUCAUGACCCGUUCGAAGAUUCUAUAUCUGUGAUGAGACUGUACAAGCGAAUGCGUGGCCAAGACCAUCAGCAGGUGGUCAGACUUGGUGAUGGAAAAGCUAACUGCGGCUUUGAUUCGUUUCAAUCAACGGAACUGGAAAAGAAGACCCCAGAUGAACUAUAUGAGAUCUCUAUAUCUGAUUACAAGUGUUGGUGUCUGGACUUGAGCAAAGAUUGCAACCGUGGCAGUUGACUGUUCUAUUUUCUUUUCACAGCUGCAAUUAGGUCAUAUCAUACAACUUUAGAGUGGGUCAUAUGUUUUGGUUUUUGUGUUUCCAAGAGAAAACCGAAAGAAUGUUUGAUUGGCAUUGUCCAAUUUGUAUGUAAGUAGAAAUAUUUUCAUGUUGAAUCAACUAUUACUGC